GAAGUGUUCAGUCAAAUGGCUUUGGCAGCCAUUGCCACUCGCUGCUGCUCCGCUUCGGCUUCUUCUUCGUCUUCUUCCUCUCUCAUCAUCUUCAGCCCCCUGAGCAGACGUAUCAUCUCCGGGAUAUCUACAAGACGCCCGCAUCCCACCCAGAGGAGGAUGGCUGCUUCUGCUUCUUCAGUAUCGUCCUCUCACGGUGAAGGAAUCCAAGAACCAGCUAAGCAAGAGAGAAUCACAGCUCCUUUCGGCUCCUGGAAGUCCCCGAUCACCGCCGAUGUCGUCUCAGGCGCCUCCAAGCGCCUCGGCGGCAUCUCCGUGGCGGGCGAUGGCCGCCUACUAUGGGUCGAAUCCCGCCCCGCUGAAGCCGGACGGGCGGUUCUGGUGAAAGAACCAGAGAAACCGGGGGUUGAGCCCAUUGACAUCAUCCCGAAGGAAUAUGCGGUCCGGACAACUUGCCAGGAGUACGGGGGAGGCGCUUUCAGCUCUUCCGGGGAUACCGUCAUCUUCUCGAAUUACAAGGACCAGAGGCUAUAUAAGCAGUCAAUUGGUUCAAGAGAUUCUUCUCCAGUACCGAUCACUCCUGACUAUGGCGGGCCUCUGGUUUGUUAUGCAGAUGGCGUUUCUGAUAUUAGAUUUAGCCGCUAUAUCACUGUCAGGGAAGACCGACGCAAGGACAGUUUGAAUCCAACUACCGAAAUUGUAGCAAUUGGCCUCAAUGAUAAUGAUAGUCAAGCAUAUAAAUCAGAGCCGAAAGUAUUAGUCGGGGGCAGCGACUUCUAUGCAUAUCCUCGGAUGGACGCGAAGGGUGAAAGGAUAGCAUGGAUUGAGUGGUCUCAUCCGAACAUGCCAUGGGACAGAUCCGAGCUCUGGGUUGGAUACAUCUCAGAAAGCGGAGAUGUUUAUAAACGUACCUGUGUUGCUGGUUCUGAUCCUAAUCUUGUGGAGUCUGCAACUGAACCCAAAUGGUCCCCUAGAGGGGAAUUAUUUUUUAUUACUGACAGACAAAACGGCUUUUGGAACCUCUAUAAAUGGAUUGAAUCCGAGAACAAGGUUGUGCCUGUUUAUCUCUUAAAUGCUGAGUUUGCAAGACCUUUGUGGAUUUUUGGCAUGAAUUCUUAUGAAUUUAUCAAGAGCGAUGACCAUAAGAACCUGAUUGCUUGCAGCUACAGGCAAAAUGGGAGAUCACAUAUUGGGAUUCUUGACUACAGUCAGAGCUCGAUGUCCUUGCUUGAAGUUCCAUUUACAGACAUACAAGACAUUGCUUUAGGUAACCAUUUCCUGUAUAUUGAGGGAGCAUCGGCUGUUCUUCCGUCAUCAGUGGCAAAGGUGACACUGGAUUGUGAAAAAUUGAAAGUCGUUGACUUUUCUGUUGUAUGGUCAUCGUCCCCAGAUGUUUUGAAGUAUAAGCCUUAUUUCAGCAUACCUGAGCUUAUUGAAUUUCCCACCAAGGUUCCGGGUCAGAAUGCCUAUGCAUACUUUUAUCCUCCAUCUAAUCCUAUUUACCAAGCUCCAGAUGGAGAGAAGCCCCCAUUGUUGCUUAAGAGCCACGGAGGUCCCACAGCUGAGACACGUGGAAUGCUGAACCUGAGUACACAGUUCUGGACAAGCCGUGGAUGGGCUUUUGUGGAUGUAAACUAUGGAGGAAGCACCGGAUACGGGCGAGAAUUUAGAGAGAGGCUCUUGGGGCGCUGGGGGAUCGUUGAUGUUGACGACUGUUGCAGUUGUGCGAAGUUUCUGGUGGAAAGUGGGAAGGUGGAUGGGGAUCGGCUCUGUAUUACUGGGGGCUCUGCAGGCGGGUACACGACUUUAGCUGCUCUAGCCUUCAGGGAAAUGUUCAAGGCCGGAGCAUCCCUCUAUGGGGUAGCUGACUUGAACAUGUUGAGAGCAGAAACCCACAAGUUUGAGUCUCGUUAUAUCGACAAUCUUGUUGGAAGCGACAAGGCCUACUAUGAGAGAUCGCCUAUAAAUUUCGUGGAUAAGUUUUCUUGCCCCAUCAUUCUGUUCCAAGGUCUAGAAGACAAGGUGGUCACACCUGAUCAAGCUCGUAAGAUCUAUCAUGCCCUCAAGGAGAAGGGCUUGCCAGUUGUCCUCGUGGAGUACGAAGGGGAGCAGCAUGGUUUUCGAAAGGCUGAAAACAUCAAGUUCACGUUGGAGCAGCAAAUGGUAUUCUUCGCACGUCUUAUUGGAAAUUUCAAGGUUGCUGACCAGAUCACACCGAUGAAAAUCGAUAACUUCGACUAAAACUGUUCUCGUGAAGGGCUUAUGCUCCUCAAAGGAAGAACACGAUUCCCGACUCAUCUGGAAUUUCGUUACCUCCAAGCUAAUAUGCCUCCGUAAAGAGUCAGUUUGGUCCUCUGCGAUAUAUUCAAGAGCUUCUGCAAGUUAUGAACUGCUGUAGAUAGCGAUUCUAUAUUUGAAUAAAGCGCCUUAUCCACAGUGUUGUUCGAAGUAUAAUAAGGUAUGGAGGUGACUGAUUUUCUGUACUCGUGUGUAACUCUGGAUCAUCUAUCUCUGAUACAUCAUCCGGUUUUUCAUCCGAAGGGGGCUACAUAUUUUUGAAC